AUGAUCACGGAUGCUGGCUACCAGGUGAAGUUCUUCCAUGGGAUCCCCAAUCCGGAGAAGAGGGACUUCGACGUGACGCCCUACUUGGACCAAAUCAAGGAAGGCAUCGAUGCUUUUGAGCCUCAUGUGGUGGCAGCGGCCUCGAAGGGAGGAAUCUACUUGCUGGGUCUGUGGGAGGAGGGCUUCUGGCGGGGACCCAGCCUGCUGCUGAACGGUCAUCCUCGCUGUAAAGAGUUGCCAGAGGGUGUGCCAGUGGUGGUGGCGCAUGGCAGCAACGAUGAGGUCUAUCCCACACCACGGGAGCAGCUCGAGAAGUUGAUCGCCACCGGCACGGAGAACAUGUGCUUCCUGUAUCACACCGCAGACAGCGGGAGAUUGCCCACGCAGCACUUAACCCGCAAGGGCGAUAAGCACAACAUGGAGUCCCUCUUGGUCCGGGACACGUUGCCACGGCUCGUGGACGCCACCUUGGAUCCUGCAGGACCAGAGGCGCACAUGAUUCGCACCUGGCGCGAACGGAUCUCGGAGGAGCGCUCCGAGGCCGAGGCUUGGCUAGGUCACAAGCCUGAAGCUCUACGGAAGCGGUGGGAGAGCAAAGGCAUGGAUGAGCAGAAGCUCUACCAGGUGACACGUGGCAGCGAGGAAUGGGCCAUCAUCGAGACCAUGUUCUGGGCGGAGCCCAAGGAGUCGGACCCUCGAAACCUUCACACGCUGCAGAUCGCAGACGUCCGCUGGGACGGUCAAAGAAACGACAUGGACUUUGGCCGUGCAAUACCCAGACGGCGUGGAAUUUCAUCCCGAGCUGCACACGUGGGUGGCGCUCAGAUGAAGCACGUGGGCGAAAAUAUGGUGUGCACGGGCAAGAACUGGUCUUGGGCCUUUCACGGUGGCUUGAGCGAGAACCUGGAGUCCAUCGUCAGUUGCCGUAUGGCCGGAUUUCAGCCCUUAGCUGCAGGCUCGCGUGGAAGCCUCGUCUGGGGUUCUGGAACCUACUUUGCCAGGGAAGCCAGGCCUCCGACGCAGCCGGAGCCUGGGAAGCCCCCACAGCGGCUUCAAGAUCCCCUGAACGACCGGCCCAUCAAGGAGGUGCCGUUGCCACCGGCGCAGCUCCUCACGGCAGAUACCUUCUAUGAUAAGAUUCUCGGAGCGAAGCGAAGACGACCGAGGGGGGCCUUGUCCCAAGAGCUCUUGUUGGAUAUCAUCAGCAAAGCGAGUGAUCUCUUCAAAGAUGAGCCAAAUUUGCUGAAGCUUAACGAUCCCAUUACAGUGGUUGGAGACAUUCAUGGCCAAUACUAUGACAUGGUGAAGUUGCUCGAGGUGGGUGGUCAACCCGGUGACACCCAAUACAUCUUCCUUGGCGACUAUGUGGAUCGCGGCUCCUUCUCAGUGGAGGUGGUCGCGGUCUUGUUUGCCCUGAAGAUCAAGUAUCCCAAGCAGGAGUGCGAAUACAAGUACGACAUUGGAGUCUACAAUGCCUUCAUGGACUCCUUCGACAACUUGCCCCUUGCUGCCACCAUCAACGGGAAGUUCCUUUGUGUGCACGGUGGCCUCUCUCCAGACCUCGGAAACGUGAAGGCCGAGUGGAUUUCACCGGUGGAACCGGGGCGAGAGCCGAGUGGAGCCAUCGCGAAGAUCAAUCGUUUCACCGAGCCGCCAAAGGAAGGUUUGCUUUGCGACCUGUUGUGGAGUGACCCCUUGGAGCCCAAGGAAGGGGAGCAACGGCCAUCGGCCAAGAAGGGUGGACCUCCCUUUAUUCCCAACGAGGUUCGUGGUUGCUCCUACUUUUACAGUUUUGAUGGAGCCACCACCUUCCUCAAGAAGAACAACUUACUUUCGAUCAUUCGUGCACAUGAAGCCCAGCUUGAAGGCUACAAGAUGCACAAAACCAAUCCGAGCACCGGCUUUCCGCUGGUCAUCACCAUUUUCAGUGCACCCAACUACUGUGAUGUCUACAACAACAAGGGUGCCAUUCUCAAAUUCGACAACAGCACCCUGAACAUCCUGCAGUUCAAUUGCUCGCCGCAUCCCUACCAUUUGCCCAACUUCAUGGAUGUCUUUCAGUGGAGUAUGCCCUUCGUCAUCGAAAAGGUCACCGAGAUGCUUUACUACAUCUUGCAACCUGCCGCGGGCACGGGCGACGAGGAGGAGGACGCCCUGUCUCCAUUGCCGGACACCACGAAUUGGGUCACCCAUCGGGCCUCCUUGACGGACGACCAGAACCAGACCGUGGACAUGGCCACUCGACUAGCGGCGUUGAUUGCCAAUGAAAACGCCAAGGCACGUGAAACCGAAGGGAAGAAGAUCGACCCCGAGGUGCGCGACCGCAUGCGCAAGAAGGUCAGGUCUAUCGCCCGGAUGGCCCGCAUGUUCAAGACAUUGCGGCAGGAGAAUGAGACCGUGGUUCGCCUGAAAGGCCACAAACUGGCGCCUGGGCUGCUUUUGGCGGGCAAGGAGCGGUUGACGUCCGAGCUGGAGAUGUUCACCCAUGCCCAGGGCAUCGAUCUCGUGAACGAGAAGCGCCCGGAAGAGGUGCUACCGUUCCGGAGCAAGCCGUAUCGGUACCACUCCUCGGUGGACAGCCUGUCGAGUAAGGGGCCCAGUGAACUAGGACCAGUCUGA